UUAGGACAGAGCGCGCCGUCCUACGCACAACGGCACCUGCUGCCCUACACAACAGCGACCCUAGCGGAAGUCCAGCGAAUUAACUCCAUCGUGCCCCUCCUUGUUCGAGGUGCGUCCAGGGACACCACCUUUAAUGGCUACAACAUCCCUCAGGAAGGAAGUCUUUUGGUCAACCUGUGGUCCGUGCACAUGGACCCUCAGCUGUUCCCGGAGCCGAACACCUUCCAACCCGAACGUUUCCUGGAUCAGGAUGGAAACUUCGUCAAACACGAGGCGCUCAUCCCGUUUUCUAUGGCUGGCCAAGAUGGAGCUCUUCAUGCUGUUCGUCUCCCUGAUGCAGCAUUUUACAUUCAAUCUGCCAGAGGGCGCGCCUGAGCCGUCCA